GACGUUUGGUCGCCGACGCUCGCAUCGCCAGCUUCGCGUGUCGGCUGCACUAGGCCCACGAGAUCCCACACCACGCCACCAAACCCACGCGACGAGAGUGCGCCAUCUCUGGAGACUCCACUGGGGAAGGUCAUGGUCGGAUGUGGCAACCUGGUUCUCCGUCCCGGAUGGCCUGGGUGUUUUGUGGGGAAGCGAGUUUGGUUCAAAAGAACGUGGGAGCCCCAGGUUUGGGAUCGGCAUCAAGACUACUGCAGGACUUUGCAGCUUCAACAUCCGUCCGGUAACUUGAACAUUGUUUGUUCUGGUGGAUAGUCAUCAUGGGUGGUUUCGCUCGCGCCCCCGAAGACAGGCCAACGCCUCCGGAAGUUUACAACUGGAGGGUCUACAUGGCCGCGCUCGUGAUCUCAAUGGGUGUUUUGGCUUAUGGUUACGACUCUGCCUUUAUCGGCACUACCAUCGCCCAGGAGUCCUUCCAACGAGACUUUGGCAUCAAUGCAUCGAACAAGAACGAAAUCACUAGCAACAUUACGUCCAUAUAUUCGGCUGGAGGACUCGUAGGAGCGCUACUUAUGUACCCAUUCCUUGAGCUCCUUGGUCGCCGUGCUACAGUCAUCAUCUCCGAUGCCAUCUUCAUCGUUGGCGCGAUCAUGUGCACUGUCCCCAAGAACCAACUGAGUUUAGUCCUCGCCGGCCGGUUCUUCACUGGUAUGGGCGUAGGAGGGAUAGCCGCCGUGUCACCCAUCUACAUCGCCGAGAUCUCGCCUCCUGCGAUUCGUGGACGCCUUACUGGUUUCUUCGAGUCCUUCUAUCAGACUGGAGCUGUCAUAGGAUUUUGGAUCAACUACGGUAUUGUACACAACAUGGACAGAUCAAAGUCCAUCGCCUGGAGAGUGCCAAUGGCGGUUCAGCUCAUUCCUGCUGGGCUGCUAGCUCUCAUGAUUCCAGUCCUAAAGGAGUCUCCUACCUGGCUACUCAAACGUGGCCGUGAAGCCGAGGCCUUGAAAUCGUGGAGCUAUUUCCGCAACCUACCCGAGGACCACCCAUACAUUGCCCAGGAUGUUCAAUACGUGCGAAAUGAGAUUGCAAAAGAGCGUGCCGCACUUCUACAUGGCGAGGCGCAUGCUAGCUUCCUCACAACGAUCAAAGCCGCAGCACGCGAAGGAGCCAUGCCAGGGAUGCGAAACAGAUUCCUCUUGGUAUUCCUUAUGUUCAUGUGGCAAGCUUGGAGUGGCGCCGCGGCAAUCAACUACUACUCUCCAACCAUCUUUACGUCCAUCGGGUUGUCCGACGUAACUCUCUGGACCGGUAUCUACGGAAUAAUCAAAGCUGGAGGUUCCAUCAUCUUCUUCACCUGGUUCAUCGACAUGUUUGGGCGGAAGUGGCCUUGGAUCAUCUCUUCCUUGAUCUGUGCUUUCUGCCAGUACUACCUCGCCGUCUACAUCGCACUCGGAAAGCCAACAGUGGGCGAACCCAUGUCCGAGUCCACAGUCGCUGGUGGCAAAGCUGCAACAGCUAUGAUCAUGAUCUUUGGUGCUGCCUGGUCAUUCGGUGCGAACGGCCUUCCCUGGAUCAUCUCUAGCGAAAUCUUCCCCGCAUCUAUGCGCUCUAUAUCGGGACCAUGGGCAGCAGCAUCCGUAUGGAUAUGGACUCUAGUAGUCACAAAGGCCUUGCCGCAAAUGUACACCUCGAUGGAAUGGGGCGUAUACGUCUUCUUCGCCACCGCGCUUAUCUGCGCUAGUAUCUACGCCUUCUUCUUCAUCCACGACACCAAAGGACUGCGCAUGGAUCAGAUGGAUCAGUUGUUUGGUUUCGAGAAGCGCGAAGAGUUCAUUGUGCAGGCAGAUGGGAAGAACGCCGAUUAUGAGAGUGAGCACCAUGAGAAGGCGCCUGUGCAACGGACUGAAGCUGUGUAGAUGCAAGAAGGUCUUUAGUAAUAUCUAUGUACUCAGAGUGUUCUACGUCUACGGCAGACAUUUACGUUAUUUCCUGUACGUAAUGAGUGAAGCAGAAUUCCCCUCGCGCUUUUUCCCCAACACAACUAUACAACCCGGUCUAUCGAUUUUCCAAGCAGUCUAUGAAAUCAGCAAGUGUUGUUUCGGUUCGUGCAACGUAAGCAAUAUACUAUGCGCGUUGAACUAUAUCGUGGGAAGCGCGUGUAUACAUAGGCUAAAUCCUACUUUUACUUUCCGAACAAUCUGUCGGGUCUUGAGACCCAGGCUGAGCCGUAGCCUAACCCACUUCAACCGCGAUCCUCGCAGCUCGCUAGAUGUAGUGCCUUUAUCUGGGAGGAGAUAAUGCCAAUUGUAGCAUGGUACUACAUAUUGGGAUCUGACAUGACGGUCCUUCAGCCGCAACCGAAGAAUUGAUCUCGAAAUGCAACGAUCACGGCA